AUGGGUCUCCGCUCGGUACGCGUGGCGCUGCUGUGCGCGGUGGUGGUGGCGCUCAGCCUCGGCGGGGGGAAGCAGGGCGCGGAGGCGAUCGCGGGCAGUGACCUGACGAAGCCGUUCGAAUGCGACAAGAACAGCGACUACGGCAUGUGGUUCCGGUACACGUGCGUGUGCGCGUCCAUGCAGGCGAAUGAUGUGGGAAUCUACUGGGAGCCCGCAGUCAACCCCUACCGCGGCGACGGCCGGCAGCUCUGCUACAUCUCCAACAUCCGCGGGCGCUUCAAGGAGCUCUUCGUGGGCAACGGGUACGUGCCGCCCGGCGGCAAGGUCAACGGCCGCCCCUGGAACUGGAACCCCGAGCCGCCUUACAUCGGCAACAACUGGCGCUCCUGGGCCUGGGAUGAGAAGCCGUACUAA